AGAGCAGCAUGAGCAUGUGUGCAGUGCAGCACAGGCACCAGAGAAACGGCCUGCAAAAACACACACCCUCCCACACACGCACUUACACGCACACACACUUGCACAGACAUGUAGCCUCUCUCGGAGUGGCCAGUACAUACACAUUCAUACACACACACACACACACACGAACGCACGCGAGCGCGAACAGGCAACAGAAGAAUGGAUCACAGCAUAGGACACAAACUCUACCCAGAAAGCCCCCCUAGCCGACCGCGGGACGUACUGGUGAAGUCAGCCUCAGCGUAUGCGAAUAUCCAAUGGGAACAGCCACACCAGCCUGGUGAACCGCUACAGUUCCCACGCAGGGAGCGCCUUGCGGUGGCCAGCUAUGCCACACAACCCGACCAAGUGCAGGGUGACGAUGACCUCAUCAAACCCAAAAAACUCAUCAAUCCAGUGAAAGCUUCAAAAAGUCACCAGGAGCUCCACCGAGAACUGCUCCAGAACCACAGACGUGGAGUGGAGAACAAGUCGGAGCUGCAGCGCGUACUGGAGCAGAGGAAGAGAGACCAGAUGAUCAAACAGAGGAAGAUGGAGGACGAGGCCAGGAGGAAGGUGUCGCCGCUGGAACAGGAGCUGCUAAAGAGGCAGCAGAAGCUGUAUGAGUUGGAGCGGGAGCAGGAGCGACAGGAGGAGACGUCGUGCAACGCUCCCGAGUUCAUCAAGGUCAAAGAGAACCUGAGGAGAACGUCCUUCACAAGCGCAGAGGAGAAGCAGGUGUAAGAGACCCCCGCACAUUGGUGCAUGCACGUGCACAUGAGAGAGAGAGAGAGAGAGAGAGAGAGAGAGAGAGAGAGAGAGAGAGAGAGAGAGAGAG